AUGAGACCGCCAACAUUAAUUGCAUUUCCUAUCAUAGCAAUUAUCUCAUUUGUAUUUUGUUAUUUUAUUUCAAGUGUUAUACUUGCCACUUUACAACAUAUACUAUCUACAAUUGUAAUUUGUUAUUGUUUACAAGAAUGUAAAUUUGCUGAAGAUGAACUAUUUGGUCGUGAAUCUAAAUUUAUUUUUCGUCAUGAAAAUUUCAAGUGUCAUUUGGUCAAAUUAUUAAAUACCACCAAUUCAAAGCCUAAUACAUUACGCAAUGGAUGUAUAACAGAUAAAUUUCAUAAUCAAUUAUCUGAUUCUUUUCAAAAUUAUCGAAAUCUUGAUAUACAAUGGAUAGAGAAUUCAGAGGAUGAUUUUAGUGUCAAAGGAUUUACAUUGAAUCCUCCAUUACCAAAGAAAAAAACUAUUUGUAUACAGUAAUAUUAUGUAAUGAUUGUAAAUUAUUGUAAUAUUUCAAAUUCUAUUAACAUAUAUAUUCAUUUUUUAUAGUUCUAAUGAUACUACUACUACUAAUACUACUACUACUAAUACUACUACUACUACUACCACUACCACCACCACUACUAAUACUACCACCACUACUACUGCUACUAAUACUGCUAAUACUACUGAUGGUACUACUACGACUAUUGCUACUACUAUUAAUACUACCAAUCAUAUUAAUUAUAAUAAGACUGGUUAGUAUUCAGUUUCUAUUCGAUAUAAUGUAUUCAAACAAAUGAUCAUUAUAAUUUUUAUAAUAAUCCAUACGGAACAUUAUGUAAUGAGACAUACUAACUUAUACUCAUAGAGUGAAAAGACUUUGUAUAGUGUUUCCUCCUCCUCCUCCUCCUCU